AUGGCGCUGCCCGAACGUAUGAGGGCACUGCAAGUCAGCGAAUUUGGCGGACCCGAUGUGCUCCAAGUCGUCGAGGUUCCGGUGCCCCAACCGAAGCCUGGCCACAUCCUCAUCAAGGUCGAAGCGAGCGGCAUCAACUUCAUAGAGACAUACUUCCGCAAAGGCAUCUACAAGACUCCCCUGCCAGUCAUUCUAGGCAAUGAACCUGCGGGAGUGGUGGUUGCCCUAUCGCCGAACCCCGACGAGGACAAAGCAGCGGACUUCAAGAUAGGCAGUCGGGUGGCAGCUUACGUGUCCAAUGGGGCCCACGCAGAGUACUGCCUCGUGCCCAUUGACAAGACUGCAUUGAUUCCUGACCAUCUCUCGACACGCGACGCAGCGUCCAUACUUUUACAAGGCUUGACGGCUCUGACGCUCGUGCGAGAGGCUCAUCCUGUCAAAGCCGGCGAGUAUGCGCUCGUACAUGCUGCCGCAGGUGGCACUGGUCUGCUGCUCUGUCAGAUACUGAAGUACCUUGGCGUCCAUGUCAUCGGCACCGUCUCGACGGAGGACAAAGCAGAGCUGGCCCGUCAGAACGGUGCCGAGAAGGUUGUGCUGUAUCAUUCUACGCCAAUCGAGCAAGUCGCAUCUCAAGUCAAAGCACUCACGCCCGGCGGAGCUGGCUUUCACGUCGUCUUCGAUGGCAUCGGGAGCGCUACCUUUGACAGCGCUUUCGAAGUCUUGGCGCGCAAGGGCUCACUCGUCUCUUUCGGCAACGCAUCUGGCACUGUACCUCCCUUUGCGCCGCUCAAGCUAGCAAGCAAGAACAUCAAGCUGACCCGGCCGACGCUUGGCAACUACAUUGCGACGCGAGACGAGUUCAUGCAUUAUUCUGAGGAGCUGUUCGCACUCGUCGCCGGUGGUCACGUUCAGCUCAAGCUACACGAAGAGAACGGCUACCCUCUCUCCACAGAGGGCGUUCAACGAGCACAUUCCGACCUGGAAGGUCGCAAGACUACUGGCAAGCUAUAUCUUUCGAUCUUAGACUAA